CCUUCACCGUCUCCGUAUCUUUCUCCCCUCCCCCGUCCGCCGACUCCUAAAAUCCCCAACCCGACACGAGCCGCGGCUCCAAAACAAAAUCGCCCCUCCUUUUCCAUCGCCGUGCCCUAGCGCUGCCGCGGCCUCGCCGCCGACGCCUCCCCCACCCCUCCGACGAGCUCCUCGCCUCCGCCGCGCGUCGUCGCCGCCGUCGACGUUCCCGUCCUACCUCGCCGCGUAGUCGCGACCCUGCCCCCGCUCUGCUCCGUCCGCGACUCCGCCGUUGGUCUUCGAGGAUUUUCAUAUUUGCUGGUCUUGUAUAACCUUUUCUUCGUGGGUGUAUCAAGAUGUCUGGAAAUGAUUCUCAGGCUGCAGCUGACAGAAUAAAGGCACAGGCCUUAUCAAAUGCAAAGGGAUUGAGCAGGGCUCAAGCUGAACGUGCAGCGGAAGCUGCUGCUCGCAAUGUCAAUGCCUAUGGGCAGAAGGAAGAGGGACCAAGUCGCUGGCAGGAGAGGAAGGAAGCCAAGAGGCAGAUGUAUCUGAUGAGUACAGAGAAGGCUGUGAGGCUGGGUGUGAGACCAAAUGCUGCACCAGCUUCUGCAACUGCUGGGGGCCAAUGUCAGAAGUGCUUCCAGCCUGGGCACUGGACAUACGAGUGCAAGAAUGAACGGGUCUACAUAUCGCGGCCCUCAAGGACGGAUCAGCUUAAGGACCCCAGGUUGAAGAAGGCGUGGCUGCCGGCACCCUCUCAGUUCGUGAACCCCGAUCUGGAGAAGGAGAUGGAGGAGGAAAGGAAGCUGAUGCGAGAAAAGCUGAAGAAGGAGAAGUCUGAGAAAAGGAAGUCAAGGAGCAAGUCAAAGAGCAAGAGGAAACAUCGCGCGUCGGUGUCUGACUCCGACUCGGACUCUGAAUCAUCGGGGACCGGCUCCGAGUACUCUUCUGAGAGCGGCAGCUCAAGCUACAGCUCCUCGGACUCGGAGGACAAGAAGAAGCGCCGACGCAAGACGACGCAGAAGAAGAGAAGGCACCGGAGGGACAGCACGUCGUCCUCCUCUGGAUCUGAAUCUGAGUCCGAGUCUGAUUCUGAUUCUGACGGCAAGGGCAGCCGGAAGAAGAGCAAGAAGCACGGCGACAAGCGCCGAUCCUGAAGAACCAGAGAAGGCGCCAGAUGCGGCCAAAUUCUGCCCACAUAUCAUGUCCUUUUCAUUGUAGCCGUGGCUUCGUGUGCCGAGCGCCCUUUCAAGAGAUGUAUUGCUAAUGUAUCAGUUGAUUUCCUGAACGCUAGAUGAUUUCCUGUUAUUGUUCUCCCUGUGCUAAGUAGUACCCUCUUUUUAUCCUAAAGAUUACUAAGAACUUGGAAGUGCUUGAAGCUAUAGGUUGUUUCCUAUCCUGUGAUGCCUGUGAGCAGCAGCAAAUCCUGCGACUAUAUUCUUCAUCAUAUGUAAGCUUGUUGUGCUUGA